UUUUUGUGCUAAACUUUUCAGAGCUGUCAAGUUUGAGUAGUAAUAUAAUUUCUUAAACAACAUUAUAAUCUUUUAACAAUAUAACAUUUUAACAAACACUUCAAUAUUUAAAAAUUAAACAUACUUGCAAGUUACAAUAUAAAGGAAAUAUUAUAAAAUAUGUAUGGUAACGAUCCAAAUCAACAAUAUUAUGGUCAGCAAAGCGGAUAUGGCGGCUACCCUCAACCUGGAUAUCCUCAACCUGGAUAUCCUCAACCUGGAUAUCCUCAACCUGGAUAUCCUCAACCUGGAUAUCCUCAACCCGGAUAUCCACAGAGUAAUUAUCCCCCACAGUCUGAAGGCUUUGAAAGCUCUGGUGGUGGUGAAGCAAAAGGUUUUGAAUUCAACGAUGCAAGCAUACGAAGAGGUUUUAUUCGGAAAGUUUAUGGAAUCCUUUCGGUUCAAUUAGGAGUAUCUGUGGCGUUUAUAUGUCUGUGUGCUUAUCAUAAGGGAACACAAUUGUUUUUAAAAAAUCAUUCCGAAUUAUUCUGGGUUGCUUUGGUUGUACUCUUUGUAACAAUGAUUGCAAUGGCAUGCUGCGAGACCGUACGACGAACUUCGCCAACCAACUUUAUCUUCUUGGGACUGUUCACUUUGGCUCAAUCGUUUAUGUUGGGAACUAUGACCUCACAUGUGGAUCAUAAAACUGUAAUGUUGGCAGUUGGUACAACAGGAGUCAUAUGUUUUGCACUAACACUUUUUGCGUUACAAACUAAAUUUGAUUUUACUGUUUGUAAUGGGGUACUUUUCGUUGCAAUGAUCCUCUUCAUGGUUUUCGGAAUUGUCACUAUAUUUUGGAAGGGACCGAUAAUCAAUCUCGUUUAUGCAUCAGUUGGUGCGCUGCUUUUUAGCAUUUAUUUGGUAUACGAUACACAAUUGAUGAUGGGUGGAAAUCACAAAUAUUCAAUUAGUCCAGAGGAGUAUAUAUUUGCAGCAUUGAAUCUUUACAUGGAUAUCGUCAAUAUUUUCAUUUAUAUUCUCACAAUAAUCUCGGCCGCAAGAGACGAUUAAUUUAAAAAUGUAUGAAGAAGUCUCAUAAGUAUUUUGAAAUAUAAACCAAAAAAAGCAUCAUGCAAAACCAAACUAGCUUCAUUAAUAUCACUUAUUAAAGCUGAAGCCUAAUAAAAUUUUCAAAAAUGAAAUGUUAAAAGAUAAAAUAUAAAAAGAAUCAGAAAAUUUCACCGAAUAAAAAUAUUUUGAAAUUAAAA